AUGGAGAAAGUAGAAUCUAAAAAGAUAUUUAACGGCAACACUGUCCCAACCUGUUUAAUAUCUUCUGCUUGCCGACGCCAACUGAUUGACGCCUCCACCGGACUUCUCCGGCUGCUGCAAAUACUCCUCCUUCACUGUAACAUUCAAGAAGAAGAGAAGAAAAAGAAAAAGAAGAAGAAGAAAGUUAAACCGGACGGCCCUGGUGUUCUAGUUGUAGAUGAAGAUCCUGUUUGGCAAAAACCAGUAAACCUUGAAGAGGAGGAAGAAAAUGAUUCAGCCGAUGAUGAGAAGCCUCAAGUUGAUGAAGACAUAGAUGCUAAAAGAAUGAAAAGGCUGGAGCUAAUUAGAGCUCGACGGGCUUACAAUGCAAUAGCUGAGGAUGGAAGUGGUUGGGUUACAUUAUCUCCUAAACUUGCGAAUUCUGCUGAUCCAUAUUCGGAUAUGUCUCCUCCUCGUAAAAGGAAGGUUCGGAAUGACACACCCUCACCUGAGCAUGAAGGGAAGCCUUCGCAUUCUGGUGGAGAUCAUGCAGAUUUGUCACCUCCGCGUCAGAGGCAGAGACGGCACCAUAGUCCGUCAUUUGCACCUGAUACAAAUUUGAAUUCAGAUAUGUCACCACCUAGUAAGCGAAGGUAUCGAAAUGAUACACCAUCACUGGAACUGCAAUUGAAGCCUUCAAGAGAAGUUGGUGAUUUCUCACCACCACGACGGCAGCGAAAACACCAUCAUUCUCCAUCACCUGAACCUGAUAUAAAUUCCAAACAUUCCAGUGGUCUGAAUUCUGAUUUGUCACCACCACGAAAGCCGAGGGCUGAUGCUGAAUCAUCUUCUCCACCACCUAAAUUUAAGUCUUGGAGAGAAGGUACUGAUUUGUCUCCUCCAAGACAACAGCGGCGGCGGCACUAUUCUCUUUCACCAAAACCCGAGUCAGAUCUUUCACCCCCAAGGAGAAGCAAGAAGGAUGUUGGGAGAUCAGGGUCACCUGAUAAUUCUCAAUCAUUACGACAACAUUCAACUCAGAGUGGUAAUCCACGUGCAUCUAUGGCUCUGGAAAUUUCUCCUCCUAGGAAAAACAGGAAAGAAUCAUCUGAUCCAGCUUCUUCAAGGGAACAGCCAAAAACUGGUCUGGUUACUGGUCGUGAUAUGCGGGAAGAAAUUCUUAAAACUAAGAAGGAUGCAUCAUUGUUGUUUGACCAGAUGGAUCCUUCUAUAAGUGGACGUGGUGCUGAACCUAUAUAUCGUGAUAAGAAAACAGGAGAGCGCAUAUCGAAGGAUGAUUACUUGAAAUCAAAACAAAAAGUUGAAGAAAAACCCAAGGAGAAGAAAUUGGAGUGGGGAAAGGGCUUGGCUCAAAAGCGGGAAACUGAAGCUAGACUGGAGGAGUUAGAGAUUGAGAAGGAAAAGCCAUUUGCACGGACUAGGGAUGAUCCAGAACUUGACAAAAUGCUGAAGGAAAGAGUGAGAUGGGGUGAUCCAAUGGCACAUUUGGUCAAGAAAAAGCACUCUGAAUCUGUUCUUGCAGACCUUGGGGAUAGUGAGAAGAUGAAGGAAUCAGGAUUUAUAAUUCCCCAGGACAUACCUAGUCACAGCUGGAUAAAACGUGGAUUUGAUGCUGCACCAAAUCGAUAUGGUAUAAAACCAGGAAGACAUUGGGAUGGGGUUGAUCGAAGUAAUGACUCUAAUUUACUUAAGCAAAAGCAUGAGUGUAAACAACUAGUUUAUGAACGUAAACAUGUUAUUGCCAGGUUAAGUUUGGAAUGA